AGGGCCUCCUGCAGGGAGCACGGGCUGGUCCCGUUCGUGGCCGAGGUGAUCUCCGGGUCGCCUGGCCUGGUGCAGUUUGGCCCCGCAGUACAGCUGCGCCUGGACGACAUGCAGUGGGUGGAGAAGAACUGGAGCCCCUUCAGGUGGGAGCCAAUGGGGCGUCCCCGCGACGAGAGGCUGAUGAUGGUGUACAGCAUCCAUCCCCACAGGAUUGUCGAGGUGGACCCAGGGAGCGGCGAGACGCAGUUCUUCUGCAGCACGCCGUCCGCGCCCGUGGCGCAGCUCUUCCACAAGUACGGCUGGGACCCCAGGGGAGCACACGGAGGGGCAGGAGUGGUGGCGCUGAAGGACUCCGACGGGAAGGCCUACUUCCUCUCGGUGUUCCACCACAUCACCGACUGGCAAGACGGCGAGGAGUACUUCAACUUCCCCUACAAGUUCGCGCCGGAGCCUCCGUUCCAGAUCCUGGACGUUGGGCGCCCGAUUGAGCUCAAGACGAAGGUGAACCCCAUGAACGGGGGCAAAAUCCAGUUUGUCAGCUCUCUGGCGGUGUUCCAGGGGCAGCUCCACGUCGGCUACAACGCUGGUGACACCGAGUCCCGCAUUCUUCAGAUUCCUCUGGAUAAGUUGGAGAAGACGUACUUUUCGAAGU